AUGGAGAACAGCUACGAGGAAAGCAUCGACAAACGCCGCAUUCACCUGCGCCCUGAUACACUGCGCGACCCCGCCCCUGUCUCGCUGCACCUUCUGCCCUGCGAGGUCCCGGUUAACCGGCCCACCCCGGUGGGGCGCUUCUUCACCCCCGCCAUCCGCCUGGGUCCCGACGGACUGGAAGCGUCGUUUCGGGGGCGUAGUCUACGUGGCGAGGAGGUGGUGGUGCCGCCCGGCUUCGUGGGAUAUGUGAUGACAGAAGAGAAGGCAGAGGUGUUGGUGGGGAAGCAGAGUGACCACGAGCGAGAAGAGCAGGAACUGGUGGAACCCCCAGAGGCGCUGGAGCGGGACUUCGACCGCUUUAUGGGAGCCACAGCCAGUUUCAGCAGCUUCACCGUGUGGGGCCUGGAAUCUGUCCCUGGUCCGGAUGCCAAACUGCGUGGGGCCCUAAGCUGGCCCAGCCUCGCUGCCGCGAUUCACGCACAGGUACCCGAAGACUGA